CGCUGUUUGGUGUUUAAGAACUGUAGCAGAGUUUGUUUGAAAUGGCCAAUUUGAAGAGAAAAUUAAAAAUAUAAGCGCCGAGGAAGGUACAUUAGUAAUAUAAUUAGAUUUUAAGCGUGUCUGAGUAAGUCUAUAAAGACAAAGGUUGAGUUGGUGAGGAACAAGCAGUGUUGGCCCGCUCCUGGAGUACUGAAUUCUUUACAGAUGAUCUUCACCUAAACUAACUCAAGCCACGUUUGGCAGUCCCAAUGCUCCUUUAAAAAAUGGCAGAAACAUUUUAUAAGUUGGAGGAUGAAGCCUUCCCCAGUUUCCUUGACAAAUCUCUGGACAACACCAGUAGCCGUGCCACACUGGGGAAUGUGACAUUGGGUUCAGGCCCAGGGCUGCCAGUGGCUGCCUCUACAGUCGCUAAAAUUAGACCUGGAUCUGACAACAGAGAUCAUGUUGAGGCAUCAUAUCUAGAGGGCAGAGAACUACAGCAGGGCAACACACUGACGACUGUUGGUGAACAGCCCAGGUUUGCCCUCAGCUUCAAAGAUGAUUUGGACAAUGCAGAUGACUUUAUUGCAGCUCACCGCCUUUCAGACGUGCUGGUGAAGAUCAGUCUGGAUGAGACUGGGUCCAGAAGCCAAGUCUCCACGUCCGGUUUUCUUCCCAUACACAUGGCUUCAGAGUUUGGUCGGCCCACAGAAUUCGGAACAGAUCUGUCAACAGGACUUUUGUCGUUUGCUCAGUUUAGACAAAAGGAGACUGCAGAUGCAAAGGGCUUACCAGCCACAGCUGAGGAGGAUCACAACCAGAGCGAAGGAGUGGAUAGCGACCAUUUCAGUGGCAGCAACGCCAGCUUCCUGGCAAAUGAAAAGCUCAUGUCUGUGGACAGCAUGAACAGUGAUAUCACAGAUGAUGACAUCGAUUUAAACAAUCUGCCUGAUGAUGAACUGGAGGUCUACUUCAAUAAACUGAUUCCUCCUGCAAUGCAGAGAGGAAGAGUGGAGGGUCAGGAGAUUCCUAGAACAGGGGUGGCAGCUGCUUCUGAUGAUAUAUCAGAGACGAGUUCUACAGAAGCAGAACAGUAUCGAUAUCGGUUCCUUGAUCAGUACGAUCAGGAGGAUUUCCAGAUGCCUGAUGUGCGCCUUGCAGCUACAGGUAUGGAUUCCUGUCCAGCCAGCGAUGAGGACACGGAGGAUGAGCUGGAGUCGGCAAGAAGGAUCAGCAAUACCACCAGGACACGGCUGCUGCCAAGCACGUCCAGACAGCUGGUUGGAGAAAGUAACCAUCCCACGUUCAGGCCCGGCCUAGAAGGGGGCAGUUCUGAUGAUGAGGCCUCUGCUGGCCGUAGCGGUCCUUCUCUGUCUGGAAUCGAACAUAGAAGAUCUGCUGAAGGACAGGUCAUCAACCCUCCCGUCACAGGGGAUGGAGGAGGUGGAGAUGGGAGCAGUGGGAGUGAGGAAAGUGGGAACGAUGGGGGAGUUUCAACCAUCCCUCUUCCAGUGAACAAUGUCCACACCACCUACGACGCCCUGCGUGGUCUGGGAAUUGUGGGUAGCAGUCCUGUCAGUGAAGAUGAGAAUGGUGGUCUGAGUAAUCUGCCAGGUCACGGAAGGAACGGUCUUCCCAGGCAUACAGAGAUGGGCGACCGUGUAGGCCCUGUAGGAACCGGGGAGGCCAGCUCUGCUGAAGGCACAUCUGGGGCACCUCAGAGACUUCCUGUCAACUGGAGCAUGAUGUUGGACCGACAAGAGGCACUGGAUGCUAUGGAAAGCACGGACUCCGGACCUGCAGCUGAUCGCUUGUUGGAUUCGGUCUACUUGAGGAACGGAGCUGGACUGAGGAGACCUCAGGAUUCAGCAAACCUAACGUCCUCUCACCUUCAAGGCACCCAGGGGAGCUUUUGCCUCUCCCAGGUUCUGCUACCAGAUUGUGAUGACAAUGAUGGAUUAGAUGAGCCUGAUGGAGCUAGACACUCGUUAGGACUGAGGGGAGGACCCUGUGGUGAUGUGACUGCUGCUGAGGCCUCAGACGGUAACAGUGAGGAUGACAACAAUCCCCUUUCGACUUCCCUGGAACCCAAGUAUUUCUCCCAGAGUUUCCACCAAGAAGAAGAUGAUUCAGAUGAGGGGUGGAACCAUUGUCCGGACAAUGUGGAGCUGGAGUUUCAACAAGCUGCAAAUGCCACUCAUAACGUCGUUUACCAGAACGAAGAAGGCCAGUGGGUAACAGACCUUGCAUACUACUCCUGCUUUGAGAAGGAGGUUGAUGGGCAGACGUCUGAGGUUGAAGAGCAGUUUCAAAUCGAGGACUUUGUACCUGCCAGUGAUGCUAUGGCAAAGAUAGUGAAGGAUCAAGAGGACUUUGAAAAGGAGCACCAAUUUAUGCAGGAGGAGCAGAUUGAACCAGCCAGCAGCAACAACACCUUUCACAGUGACUCGUCAUGGAAAGUCCCCACAAAUGGCCAAUUUCUGAUGAGGGCUUCUCAGGUCUCCUCGGAGUUCAGGCAGGCAGAUGAAAGUUACCUGCGACUGUCUUUAGGACAGUUUUUUGGGCAGCGCUCUGAAGCUCUGGGCUGUUUGGGAAACACUGAUGUGGAUGAAGUGAAACGGCCAUCCUUUGGCUACAUCAUUACCUCUCCAGAGAAAAGGGAGCCAUUUCCCCUAAUUCGUCCCUCAGAAAUCACAUCUCAAGGCAAUUCUCCCCACAAUGACACAACGGAACUUAGUGAAGCCGACAAAACACUCAACCCAGAAGACCUCGACAAAACUCUCCAUGUUCCAGGUGAAAGGAUGUCUCCUAAAGGGGAUACUGAUCCAGAACAUUGUGAACCAGAGGCCUGUACGCUCAGGGCUGCACCUCCUGUACAUAGCCAGGGCUCAGGCUCUGAGUUGAACCAAAGCUGUUUGUCCCCUGACAAUAACAGCAGCCAGCUGAUGCUGAGCAUUAGUACGAUUGCUUCAGCCAUUGCUAAUGCAUCCAUCAGCACUGACCCAUCACAGCUGGCUGCCAUGAUCAUGGAUCUGUCCAAGAAGAGCCGAAUGAGGAAUCGUCCAGAGUCUGCCGGCAGGAAUGCAGAGGAACCCGCUGCAGCGCAACAUAUCCAAAUUGAGCCAGAUUACAGUGCCAUCCUCGACACACUGCAGAGAAGCAUCUGUGCUGGAGAGAUGAGCGCCUUUGACAUAGAAAAAUACCUUAAAAAGGCUGAUGUGUCAGGCACCAGUGACUCCUCUGAGGCCCACACGACCUUUGAUUUAAGUGGUUGGGUUGAUGGUCUCGGCUGCUCUCAGAGGAAUCCUCAAGCGGGAUAUCCUGUGAACCAGGAGAAUGAGAAUCAGCAGCUCUCUUCAAGUACAAAAACUGAGGAGGACAAAGGAGAAGUGAUGGCGCUUGCAAGUACACACUCCUCUGCAGUGCUGCUUUCCAAUGCAUCGUCACCAGCAAAGAGGGGAGACUUAAAAAAAAGCUCUAUUCCACGUCCUCGCCUGUCACUCGGCGCUGCCAGAAAGUCUGAAGGCUCGAGGCAAUCUUCCCCACCCAAGCCUGCAGCAGACAAACUGAAAUCCUCUGAUAGCACUGCUGCGUCUUCAGCAGAGACCUUUAACUGUGCAGGCAGGACCUCCACAGAAAACGAAGUCAAGCCUGGAGAAGUGAUCUCUAAAACGUCCAAUAAUGAGAAUGCUAAAAGCUUACACAGAACCUCCCCAAACUCCAGAAAAAGACACUCUGGCCUGCCUUGCCGUAAAGCCUCCUCACCCUCAGCCCAGAGGUCGAAGAGUGUAGGCCAGCAGCCACAACACAGACCCAGUGGUUCUUCUGAGAAGAAACCAGCAGCAAGCUUCACCGCUGCUCCUCUACCUCAUAACUCUGUGGAGAAACAUGUUGGCUUCUCCUGCCAAAAUACUCAGCCUCCACGAGACCCUUCAUGCGGGUUUUCUGAGCCAUGCGUGGAGGAAUCUCAAGGCAACUUUAGACCAUCCACCUCUCCGCUCACUCACUCUUCUCCAAGCCAGGCCUCCAUUCCCAGUGCUGACUGGUUGUCGUCACCUACGUCAAAAAAUGGCGUUGUUGCAGACAGAAGUCUGGGUCCUGACCUCUCACCUCAGUCUCUCUGCUCCAGUCCCAGUCUCAGCAGGCUCACAUACAUCUCAACGAAUGAUGGCACUGUUGUACCUACACCUGAGGGCCAUAAGAGGAACUCAUCUAUGGCACUGAGUACCACAAUCAUCAGAUUCAGCCCAACUCCGCCUGUGGAACCUGAUGCACCGUCUAACCUGGAUAUUCUUAACCUUCCCAAAAGCCUUGAUGGUGUUCAGUCGCAACAUUCAAAAAGUCUGGACCCACUACCAGCGCAGCAGUGUAAAAAUCCAGAGUUCUCACGCAGUAGUUCUGCUCUGAGCUGCACCCGCAGCCAGAGCAAAUGCAACUACCGCUGUUCAGGUGACAUUUCCACAGGAUGCAAGAACCAUGAGCAUCUUUCUGAAGCAAAUGCAAGGCAGCUCACAAAAGUGGAUUCAGGUUACUGCAGCAAUCUAAACAUUCAGCAGAUCAGCGGCUCCCACCAGUGGCGAACUUCUACAUCAGUAUUUCCGUCCGUAUAUGCUGGUGGCCUCGGCGUGCCCCCUGCCUGCUCAGCAGAGGGGCUUCAUUAUGUGCCAAUCCCCAGCUUUAAGCCUCAGUGUCCUGGACUGAUUGACCUUUCCCACAAAGGAAAUAUUCAGUCCCUCCUGACCGGACGGCCCCUCAUCAGCUCCCAGCUACCUCAGCUGUAUUUGGGAUCUGAAGCUUCGUUACAUCCUGGUACUUUUCAUGUUGGCCCACCAGGAAAUGCUCUCUACUCUGUGUCCUCUACAGGUCCUAUUGGGAUUUCUGGAGCUGCUGAGUCCCAUCACCUCCCUAGACCACAUCAGAGUCAGCAGGAGCUGAGAAUGAUGGGAAAACCAUACAGUCAAUAUGGUGGAGAGCCACUGGUGACGGGUGGUCUUGAGGAACUGAGAGGCCAAGUGGUGGUACCAGAGGAGCUUCGGUUCCCACAUGCCUGCUGUGUCGGCAUUGCUUCGCAGACCUCAUUAAGCCUCUUUAACCCCUCGGAGAGAUGGCAGCAAGUGUCAAUCACUGUCACCAGCUUGGCUAUAGAUGGAGAAAAGGUGGACAGCUUGCCUUACCAGUGGUUGAUGGUGAAGAACAAGACAAUUAUUGGCCCCAAGAGUACAGAGGAGCAGAAGGUGCUGUUCGUCCCUCCCCAGGCUGGUGUCUACCAGUGUACCCUCAGUGUUUGCUCCUGGCCUGCAUCAGCUGACACGGAGCUGGCUGCCAGGGCAAAUAUAUUUGCCAAAACUGUGGUGCUUGUUGCCAUAGCAGAGAAUCCUGCACUAGAGAUUGAACUUGGCAAAUCUGGUUGUCUGGAUUUUGGAGACCUGCCAGGAGGCAGCACUAAGUCACUUCCCCUGAGAUUGCUCAACAGGACUCGUGCCACCGUACCCAUCCGUCUCGUCAUCAGUGCGAAUGCAACAGCAUGGCGAUGCUUUACCUUUUCCAAACACCCCGUCCCUAUAACGUCUGAGGCUACACAACAAGCUGGACUCAUGACUCCAGUUUCUUGUCCCUCGGUGAUGAAUCAUGUGUUGCAUGCCAGCUACGGAGAGAGUCCAGAAAGCUUCACUGUCUGGGUUCAUUUCAAGUCCCCUCACAAGCAUGCAACCCCCUCAGGCGAGCUUGGUCCAGCUGAUGAGUACAGUGGCCGGGUAGACAUUGAAGUGGACUCCCCUGGUCCAAGUCAUGUUAUCAGAAGUAUUUGCCUCAAGGCCAGGUCUGGAACUGCAAGGGUCCAUGCUCCUAAAGACCUGCAGACUCUCAGCCUUUAUGCUCCAGUGGGUAAAUGUAGUCAGCAGAUGCUGCCGUUAAAGAAUGCAGGAAACAUUGAUGUGCACCUGAAACUCAAGUGCAGUGAAGAUGGUGAUAGUUUUUCCACGACACCUGAUGAGCUGUUGCUGAAAGUGGGAGAGGAGCGAAACAUUGUGGUGUCGUUCAAAACAAAUGAUAGCAGGAAAUGUAAAGAAAGCCUCCUCACCAUCCUGGUGCUGCCGUCAGGCCCUCAAUAUGAAGUGACAUUGAAAGGAGAAGUAACCCCUCCUGGCUCUGGAAAACCAGCAGUACCUUCCGCUUCUGUCCAUGGCCCAGCUCUGACCACCGAUGUCCCACCAAUCCUCUCUAAUAAGCAGUUCGUGGCCUGGGGAGGAGUCACCCUGGGACGAGCUGUCCAACAGAAGCUGGUUCUAAGGAACAACUCGACCAGUGCCACACAGCAGCUGCGUUUGCUUAUUCGUGGUCAAGACCAAGAUUGUUUCCAGCUCCAGAGUAUGUUCAGCCUUGAAGAGCGUCUAACCCAUCAUGGAGAGCUGUCUAUUCGUCCAAGAGAGGAUGUGACGGUCCACUUGCUUUUUGCUCCCACGAGGGUGGUCUGCAUGUUGGCCAAGCUGGAGAUCAAACAGUCUGGGGUCCGGCCUUCACAACCAGGAGUCAAAUUUACUAUUCCACUGUCUGGCUACGGUGGAACGAGCAACAUCAUCCUGGAGGACCAGAGGAAACAGGCAGAUGGUUAUGUGGCAGCACUGACUGAUAUUGCUGUGGGACGUGUUAGCAAAGUGUGUUUGUGCGUGAGGAACACUGGCUCCAGAGCAGCCUUCAUCAAAGCUGUUGCUUUCUCUGAUGUACCAACCCGAUCGGUGAUGGAGCCCUCUGUCAUCAGCCUGGCCCCUUCACAGUUUGUACUGAAGGAAAGAACACAGGAGGUGAUCACCGUGUUAGUAAAGUCCACCCAAAGAGAGCAGCGCCUGUGUCAGUCAGCCAGUCCGUUGCUGGCUACAGUCUGUCUGUUUUGUGGAGAUGAAGUCUCCAGGCAACAAUACAGGAAAUUGCUCGAGAGUAAACCAGAGUCUGCGUUGAAGGCCCUGUCUGAGAACAGUCUGCUGAAAAACAUCGACUUCAAUGAAAAGUUCCUGGGAGAGGAAAAUGUUACUGAGGCCUAUGACCUGCCCCAGCGUCCUAAUGAGGCCCACAUCUUCUACGGCAAUAUGAGUAGGGUGGUGGUAUCGUUGCUGGGAAGUACAAAAAGCUCAGCGUGUGACCAGGGCGAGCUGCUGCUGACCUCUGCCAUGACAGACACACAGAGAUGUUGUGUAAUUCCCAGUGGCUUGUCAAAUGGAAACAUGUCUCUGGAUGUGCUGCCAGUGAAGGAUCCCCAGGGUCCAGCACUGAGAGUUGCAGGACCUUCCUUUAAGGCUUCAGAAUCACUGCACACCCAUUCUGAAUCCUGGACCAUCCACCCACAACAACUUGUCCUCGCAGCUCCCACCAUCAAUGGGCCAUCCACCACCAGCCAGGUUCAGAUCCAAAACAACACUUGUAAAGAGCUAAACUUUGAUCUGUCCUGGCCGGCUCACUGCCUCACCAUCACGCCUCAGCAUGGAGUCAUCGAGCCUCAGUGUCACCUGCAGAUUUUGAUCAGCCCCAACCCCUCACUAUCAACCAAAUCUGCCCUGCUGCCAUGGAGUGGGCAGGUUUAUGUCCAGUGUGAUGGUCAGCAGAAGUUUAUCAAGGUCCAGAUACGUCAGGACUUGGCUCUGGAUGUGUCUGCAGCCCCAGCAGAUACAACUCUGUCAGCCCUGCCUGCUCAGGCUGCUACUCCUCUGCUUCCUGUGGCCAGGCUCGGCACCAAGCCCUCACUGACCACACAGACGCCGCAGACUCGUCAGGCCCUGGUGGAAAUUAGCAACAAGGCCAUCAUCUUUCCAACGGUUCAUUCAGGGGAGGCAUCGGAGGCCGACCUGGAGGUGCAGAAUGGGGAGGUGGAAGUGAGGUGGUACUUAUCAUCAUUUGCUCCUCCGUAUGUCAAGGGGGUUGACAACACUGAAGAUGUUUACAGGGCCACCUACACUGCUUUUAGAUGUUCCAAGGUCUCAGGAACCCUGGGGGCUCAUGAGAAGAUGCAGGUUCCUGUUACCUUCAUGCCCAGAGACAGAGGGGACUACGUCCAGUUCUGGGACUUGGAAUGCCACCCCGUGUCCCAGCCUCAGCAGAAAACCAGAAUCCGCUUCCAGCUGUGUGGGACGGGAACAAAGUCUGGACCAGUGGAAGGACCACAGGAAGGAGACUGCUCUCUGGUGAAGACAGAAGCCAAAGUAAAGAGCUGGAAGAGAUCUGAUGCUUCAGCAGGAAAAAGCUGUCAGGAGGAGGCCGUGCAGAGGGGCGUGUACUCUCCGCAGGAGCUCUACACCUUCCCAGACACACGGGUCGGUGAGUUCAGCACUCUGAAGGUCAACAUCCGCAACAACUCAUCCGACAUGCAUGAGCUGAAAUUUGUAAAACCUAGGGAGCCCUUCCAAACCAAGCAUUCCCAAUAUUCCCUGAGAUCACAGCAUUAUCUGAAACUUCCUGUCAAAUUCAAGCCCAGUGCAGCAGGCAGACACACAGGCCUGCUGCUCGUCCAGUCAGAAACCAGUGGAAGUCUUGUUAUUCAGCUGACUGGUGAGGCAUUGCCAUGAGUUCUCCAGCCACGUCAUACGGCACCACCUCGUACUGCUGGAUGCUCUUUGCUAUGCUGUUCACUGUGGGACAAAAGAAAAGCCAAACCACAGACUGCUGAAGAUCACAUGAAGGCAACUGGAUUUAAAUCCGUGCUUGGCAUAUUUUUAGAGAUGCGUCUUGUGUCUGACAACAUGGAGGUGGCUGGAAACACCCCUAUGUAUAUGUAGAAAAGAGACGUGUCCCCAGCUGAACCAGAAGAAGAAAAAUGAAUCUCUUUGUGUCAGAAGCUGGAUGGUCCACUUGGUCUGACAGUUCAGAGAGCUUGUCAUUUUUGUCGUUUUCCUCUACAUCUGGUAUUUGCUGGACUCUUCAGUCAAGUCACAAGGCAGCAUUGUUGUUGCUGCAGCCCGUCACACAGCGGCAGUACCAGCUGAGAUACGUUUGGGAUUACUGCAGCGGGUCACACAGAAAUGCCUUUGUCUCUUGUUUGGUAACAAGACUGCAGGGAUUUUGUUUUUGGAAAAGCUGCAUUGCGUCAUCUUUUUUUUUUUUUUUUUUUUAUAUUACUCUGUUAAAAUCUGAAAAAGAAAUUCUUUGUCUCAGAAGCCGAUGAAGUCAUUUUCUGCAUUAUGAUUGUAAAACAGCCACAAGAUCUUUAAGAUUCCUGGUUUUUAAUGGAGUCAUUUCAUUUUUAAAUGGCUGCUAUGGUCUAUUUACAUUUCCUUAGAUUUUUCUAAUCUUCUGUACUGGUGUGGUUUCUAUGGAGAUGGCUCUUCGUGUACAGUCCACCUGCACAGUUACUUCUGUUGGCACCAUGUGUCCCAGCAACCUCUAAGAUUUGUUCCAAACUGUCCAGAUGUAGUAAUUUGGUCCUGAUCAGGGCAGCUCACAGCAACAUUAGGAUGGUUGAUGACUGUUAUUACACGCUAAAAGAGUUUCCUCUGAUGGGCUCUUUGUUCGGCAGCUAGCCAGGUCUGCUUAGUAUGGUUACCAUGGCAAAACGAUGGUAAUCACUGUUCCAGUCACAGAAAAUUAGCUCCCAGUUUCCUCUUUUGGCUUUUGGGGCACGUGGCCAGAAAUGCGAGAAGGGGUAUUGGCUUCGCUUCCAUAAUCAGCUUUGGAACUGGAUUUGCUCAGAGUUGUGUGUGCAAACUUCCUCACGGAUGUUUUUAAUCUGUACAUGUCACAUUCAGUGUAGCAGCAAUUUGGUGAACACUAAUGUUUAGAAAUAUUUUCCUGCAUAUUGACAUUUUAACAUGAAGGCAGGGGCUUGACAACCAUCUGGACACUGAUUUACAGUUUGCACUAUGUUAUGUAAUAUAUUGUAUGUACACAUUUUAAAUAAAGUUUUUUGGUAAAUAA